AGGGCCUGUUUGGCAACAACUGUCGCGGGGAGCUUAGUCGCGCGAUACUUGGGCCCCAAAUCUCGCGGGUUUGGAGGGCUGGAAAGUGCUGACGCUUCUCGGUAGCGAUGCUGGGAGGAAGGCGAAGGAGGCUCCGGAUGGCGCAGAUGCAUCACUGUAAGCGCUAUCGCUCUCCGGAGCAGGAGCCCUACAUGAGCCACAGGUGGAAGAGGCGGCGGUCUCGCAGCAGAGAGCACCAUGAAGGAAGAGCACGAUACCCAAGUCGCCGGGAUCUAUCAAGGAGAUCGCGUUCUAGAAGCCAGGACAGAAUGCCCUAUCAGAGAGGGUACAGGGACAGAACGGAAAGCGACGUCUACAGGUUUGAAGAACGAAGCCCUUCUUUUGGAGAAGACUAUUACUCUGCUCGCCGUUCACGCCAUCAGCGGAGAUCACGGGAGAGAGAGCGUCACCGGACAAGGAAGCACCAGCACCGCUGCCGGAAACGCAGGACCAGGUCUUGUAGCAGUACUUCCUCGAGAAGCCAACAGAGCAAUAAGCGCAGCAGGAGCGUGGAAGAUGACAAGGAAGGUCACCUGGUGUGCAGGAUCGGCGAUUGGCUCCAAGAGCGAUAUGAAAUCGUCGGGAGCCUGGGUGAAGGGACGUUUGGCAAAGUUGUGGAGUGUGUGGACCAUGCCAGAGGCAACUCUCUGGUAGCUUUGAAAAUUAUUCGAAAUGUAGGCAAAUACCGUGAAGCAGCCAGGCUAGAAAUUAAUGUUCUGAAGAAAAUUAAGGAAAAGGACAAGGAAAAUAAACAUUUAUGUGUACUGAUGUCAGACUGGUUCAACUUCCAUGGACACAUGUGCAUUGCAUUUGAACUUCUGGGCAAGAACACCUUUGAAUUCUUGAAAGAGAAUAACUUCCAGCCAUACCCCCUCGCCCAGAUUCGACACAUGGCUUACCAGCUCUGCCAUGCUUUGAAGUUUCUCCAUGACAAUCAGCUAACGCAUACUGAUCUCAAACCUGAAAACAUCCUGUUUGUUAACUCAGAAUUUGAUACCUUAUACAAUGAGAAAAAGGCAACUGAACGGAGCUGGGACAUGUCUUGUCUGUUGCAGAGCUGUGAGGAGAAGGCCAUCCGGAACACAUGGAUCCGGGUAGCAGAUUUUGGGAGUGCCACUUUUGACCAUGAGCAUCACACUACCAUUGUGGCUACUCGGCAUUAUCGCCCACCAGAGGUGAUCUUGGAGCUUGGUUGGGCUCAGCCGUGUGACGUCUGGAGCAUUGGUUGCAUCCUGUUCGAGUACUACCGUGGGUUCACACUUUUUCAGACUCACGAAAAUAGAGAACAUCUUGUGAUGAUGGAGAAAAUCCUUGGCCCAAUCCCACAACAUAUGGUCCGCAAAACACGGAAACAGAAGUAUUUUCAUAAAGGAAGCCUGGUGUGGGAUGAGAACACCUCUGAUGGGAGAUAUGUCCAAGAAAAUUGCAAACCACUUCAGACAUACCUAUUGCAGGAUUCUUCUGAGCACAUGCAGCUAUUUCAUCUGAUGAGACAAAUGCUGGAGUUCGAUCCCGCCCAGAGGAUCACGUUUGCUGAAGCUCUGCUCCACCCAUUCUUUGCUGGCUUGUCUCCAGAGGAGAGGCGGCUGAGUUGCCGAGAUUCAAGCAGGGACCUGAGCAGAUGACAGCUGGAGAGGAGUGGAGAUUGCUGCAGGAUAUGUACAUACUCAGAAAUUGGCCUGACCUUUAUUGUGGAGACUCCAGAGACCCUUCUGUAGCGCAGCAUUUGAAGGUGGCAGUGCAGUGUCAAGGUGGACCCUGGGCAUGGGAGGGGAGGAGAGAGCAAUCCAAAAGCACAGAUUUGUCUCAUAUAUUUAUAUGUUGUAAAGUUGAAAUAAAGUGUUUCAUAUUGUUUGAUAAUUUACUUGUAUGACUGUGUCCAGCUAUUUUUGCUCCCCUACUCUACUGAUUUUUUCCUGUUUAACAAUAAAACCGUGGUUUUAUAUCUUGCCACAAAUCUG